AUGCGCGUGCGCAAAGAAACCGCCGCGCAAAACGGCGGAAACCGUGUGCGUGGGCGGUUGGUCCAGUCGGCGCCGGCCUCCUGCGAUUUUGGAGGGGCUACUGGAUGGAAGCCGCUGGGACCAAAAGACCUCUGGUCGCUUGGGAGAGAAAACUCCUCAGAAGAACUUGUUUCCCAGCUUGAAAAGGAAUGGACAAGGAACCGCAGCGCAGCCCAGCGGCACACCAAGGCGACACCAUUUAAAAGGAAAGGAAACCACGGUGCGGAGACCCCAGAGACGGAGACCCUCCUGCAGCAACAAGGGGGCAAGAGGGGCCCACUGCUGAGGGCCAUCUGGCAGGUGGGCCGCUCCACCUUCCUCCUGGGGACCCUCAGCCUCAUCAUCAGUGACGUCUUCAGGUUCACGGUGCCCAAGCUCCUCAGCCUCUUCCUGGAGUUUAUUGGUGACCCCAAGACCCCGGCCUGGAAGGGCUGUCUUCUCGCCAUGCUGAUGUUCCUCUCUGCCUGCCUGCAAACACUGUUCGAGCAGCAGCACAUGUACAGACUCAAGGUGCUACAGAUGAGGCUGCGAAUGGCCAUCAUGGGCCUGGUGUACAGAAAGGUCUCCAUCUUCUGCCCCUCCCAGGUCCUGGCUCUGUCCAGCAGCUCCAGAAAGGCCAGCGCAGUGGGGGACGUGGUCAACCUGGUGUCUGUGGAUGUGCAGCGGCUGACUGAGAGCAUCACCUACCUCAACGGGCUGUGGCUGCCGCUCAUCUGGAUCAUCAUCUGCUUUCUCUACCUCUGGCAGGUGUUCUGGGGCAGAGAGAGCUGGGAUUUGAGUUGA